GGGGCACUAUGGGGUUUUUGGGGUCCCCUGGGCCGUGUUUUGUGUCUGUGGUGCAUCCUGUCCCCCCCAGCCCCGCCAUGGCGCGAUGCCCCUGGCCGUGAGGUGGCCGUUCCCUGCGGGGCCGCCGCUCUGCAGCCGCCUGGUGCUGGGCCUGGUGGGCACCUACAGCUGCCUGUGGACCCGGUACCUGAACCGCCUGCGGGUGCACAACGCUGAGGUGCUUCAUGAGCUGGUGGAGCGACGGGGGCCGCGCACCCCCCUCCUCACCCUCUCCAAUCAUCAGUCCUGCAUGGAUGACCCACACUUGUGGGGUUCCCUGAAGCUUCGCCACAUUUGGAGCCUUCACAAGAUGCGCUGGACCCCCACGGCCGCAGACAUUUGCUUCACCCGAGAGCUGCACUCACGGUUCUUCAGCCUGGGCCGCUGCGUCCCGGUGUGUCGCGGUGAGGGCUGUUACUGGGAGCACACGGGGAGACCCGGGGGGGCUCCGUUCAUCGCGGGUGGGGGGCUCCGUUCAUCCCAGGUGGGGGGGCUCCAUUCAUCGCGGGUGGGGGGCUCCGUUCAUCCUGGGUGGGGGGCUUCGAUCUCCGCAGGGGACGGCGUGUACCAGCGUGGGAUGGACUUCAUCCUGGAGAAACUCAAUCAGGGAGAUUGGGUGCACGUCUUCCCCGAGGGCAAAGUGAACAUGGGGCAGGAGUUCGUGCGCUUCAAGUGGGGCAUCGGGAGGCUCCUGGCUGAGUGUCGCCUGGACCCCAUCGUGCUGCCCCUGUGGCACGGCGGCAUGAAUGAUGUGCUGCCCAAUGCCCCCCCCUACGUUCCCCGUGUGGGAAAGCGGAUCACGGUGGUUGUGGGGCGACCGUUCAGCGUCCGACCCCUCCUGGAGCGGCUGAAGGCUGAAGGCACCUCGACAGUGGAGAUGAGGAAAGCGCUGACAGAUUUUGUGCAGCGGGAAUUCGAGGCACUGAGGAGCCACGCACGGACCUUACACCCAACCUCAUAACCCAUAACCUGUGGGGCUGCCCCACAGACAGACAGACAGACAGUGCCAAUAAAGGUGGUCGUAUUUUACAGCCCCCUCCA